GCUCUAAUAGGAAUUCAGACUCUAAUAGAAACUCAGGCUCUAAUAGAAAUUCAGGCUCUAAUAGGGAUUUAGGUUCUAAUGGAGAUUUGGAUUCUAAUAAGGAUUUAGAUUCUAAUAGAGAUUCAGAGAAUUCAA